CUGAGGGGGACGCGUCGUGGGGCCCCCCUCGGGUUCACAGACGGGAAAGGGAGGUUCUUUGGGCGGAUAGAAUGGGAAGAAUCCCAAAGAUUGAAGGGCGCCUUGGUUCCAGGACUGAAGGGAUGGAGUUCCUGAGUCCAUGAGGAAGGCUCCCUAAAAGGAGCAAAUUUGAAGAGAAGGAAGGCAAGGGAUUGGGACGCAGAAGUUGGGGUUCAGAUCACUCGGCAGAUGGAAAUUCUUCACCCCCACACCGCUCCGGCCCGCAGCGUGCCGCCGACCCUGGGCUGACCAGGAGGGGCCCCGGAUCCAGGAAUGAGGAGCCUGGAUGCUGGCCUUGAGCUGCUCUGCUCUUGUAUUUACGCAGCUGGAGCCCUACAUGGAUGAGAACUUCAUCUCCAGAGCCUUUGCCACCAUGGGGGAGACCGUGAUGAGCGUCAAAAUUAUCCGAAACCGCCUCACUGGGAUCCCAGCUGGCUACUGCUUUGUAGAAUUCGCAGAUUUGGCCACAGCUGAGAAGUGUUUGCAUAAAAUCAAUGGGAAACCCCUUCCAGGAGCCACACCUGCAAAACGUUUUAAACUGAACUAUGCCACUUAUGGGAAACAACCAGACAACAGCCCCGAGUACUCCCUCUUUGUGGGGGACCUGACCCCAGAUGUGGAUGAUGGCAUGCUGUAUGAAUUCUUUGUCAAGGUCUACCCCUCCUGUCGGGGAGGCAAGGUGGUUUUGGACCAGACAGGCGUGUCUAAGAGUCGUGUGAAGCCAGUGGAAUAUAGUCAGAUGUACAGUUACAGCUACAACCAGUACUACCAGCAGUACCAGAACUACUAUGCCCAGUGGGGCUAUGACCAGAACACAGGCAGCUACAGCUAUAGUUACCCCCAGUACGGCUAUACUCAGAGCACCAUGCAGACAUAUGAAGAAGUCGGAGAUGAUGCAUUAGAAGACCCCAUGCCGCAGCUGGAUGUGACUGAGGCCAACAAGGAGUUCAUGGAGCAGAGUGAGGAGCUGUAUGAUGCACUGAUGGACUGUCACUGGCAGCCUCUGGACACAGUGUCUUCAGAGAUCCCUGCCAUGAUGUAGCCAGGACAAAGGACAAGCCAGAAAGACUGUGUAAAGGAGAUAAGAGACUCCUUUUUUAAAAGUUACUUGCAAGAACUUCUACCUUUUUUGAAAUGUUUUGUAAGAUUUUAGUAGUCAACUAUUUCCUGAGAUUAUGAAUAUUUCUGCGACACUGCUGCCUUCAUUUGAACAUUUGAGUUUGAAAACCAAGGGACCAGUUGUUCUGAGAUAAAUUGGAACCUCAAUCUUCAUCUUUGAACAAUAAUCAUUUAUCCAGGUAGGGUUAUCUACACUACUGGAGAAAAGGACAUUUUGGGAUUAACAACCAGAAUGGAUCUUAACAGCUACUAAAUCAGCUUCAUAGGUGACACGCACAUAAAUCCUUAACGUUCUCUGGGGUCAGAGUACAUGGGUAACCACUGUCAUGCUCCCAAACUGGGCAGUUUUAUUUGCUUUCAGUUACUCCCUCCAACAAAUUUGCUUCAAGUCUGGUGGCUAGGUAGAAUUUAUUAGAACUGGGGAAGUUGCGUGCCCCAUGUAAGUGCUGAGGCCAGCUUAGUCUAGACCAAAAGGCCUGCAUAAUUUUAGGGACAGGCCUGUGUAACCAAGCCCACCUGUUUCUUAACUAAAUGCACUAACAGGUAUAAACCCACUUACAUAUAAGGGAUGGUAAUUCAGAAAGAUAACCUGACCUUGAAGUGUCAACCAGCACCAAACCAGAUCUCCAUGCUAGUCUUUUACACAUUCCUACUGUGACAUGCAAAUAAAUUAGGUAUAAUUG